UGGGCGCGGUCAAGUGGCGCUGCCUAGAUAAAGGCGGCGCGUGUGCUUCCCCCUCGUUCCCAAACCCUCUCCGGUCUGCUAGCCAAGUACAGAAGUUUGGGGUCCAGAGGGUGCGAGUUAAAGCUCUCAGAGCUGCCCUCUUUGGCGGUCUGGUGCUCAGAGGUCCCAGCCAAACCCCCGCUGCCGCGACAGCCCCUGAGGCUCCUAGGCAUCCCCCCGUCCUGCAUCCCCAGAGCUGCUCUGAGCCCACCAUGAAAGCCAUCAGCCCGGUGCGCUCCGUCCGGAGCUGCUACGAGGCCGUUUGCUGCCUCUCGGAGCAGAGUUUAGCCAUCGCCCGGGGCAGCCACAACAAGAGCCCGGCCUUGGAAGAGCCCAUGAACUUGCUCUACGAUAUGAACGACUGCUAUUCCAAAUUGCGGGAGCUGGUGCCGGGCAUCCCUCAAGGCACCAAGGUGAGCCAGGUGGAGAUCCUGCAGCACGUCAUAGACUACAUCUUCGACCUCCAGAUCGUGCUGGAGGAGGGGUCCAAGGGCCGCGAUCCCUCCUCCGAGGCCACCCUACUUUCCCUUAAGGCGGCUGAACUCGCCUCAGAACUCCGCACCAAAGACGAGAGAAGUUUGUGUCACUAACGCCACCUCCACCAGCAAACAGAGCAGCGAGCGUCGGUUCCUGGUUCGUUAUCAGCCGGAGGUAAAUAGCAGCUUCCUCCGUGGCGCCGGGCUGUCUGCGACCUGCGGGCCCGCAUCGCCUCCCCCGGGCCCGCAUCGCCUCCCCCGGGCCCCGCAUCGCCUCCCCCGGGCCCCGCAUCGCCUCCCCCGGGCCCCGCAUCGCCUCCCCCGGGCCCCGGCACCGCCAGUGGGGAGCGGCUGGUUCCGACCCCCCCGCCUUCCUCUGCCAGCAUCCCACCUUGGGACCCCAAUUCACAUGAGAUACUUUUAAUGAUAGACUGAUGAUGAAGCGCAGGUUGUCUGUAUAUUUUUGGAUUAUAGCAGCGAGUCCUUUUUUUUAAAGGUGUUUAAUGAGAUGGCGGGGUGGGAUUUAGGGGGUUUUGGGGCGGGGGGACAAACAUCCUCGAUUAUGAACUAAACUCUGGGGCUGUGGCCUCGUGUAUUGUGGAGCUCUAUACUAGAGUAUAACUUUUUGUACCUUUUGUGCAGGAAGGUGAUUUUCUGCGAACAUGUCUUGUACUUGCUUUAUAAACUUUUUAUAAAAGUUACCAUUUUUGCAUAAUAAAAGUCAAUAUAAUUUUGA